GAAUUGAAUUCUGUGGCUUCUGAACUGGCUGCCCGUCAAGAGGAAAGUGAACAUUCACACAAACAUUUAAUUGAACUCAGCCAGGAAUUUAAGCGAAAUGUACCAGAGGAGGUUCGAGAUAUGGUGGCUCCCGUCUUAAAGAGUUUCCAGGCAGAGGUGGUUGCGCUCAGCAAAAGGACCAAGGAAGCUGAGGCCGCGUUCCUGAGCGUUUACAAGCAAUUACUCAAAGCCCCAGCAGACCCUCUGCCCACCCUCGAAGGGCGGCACCAGCCCCUCCACUGCCUUGGCCCCGAGAAACCCCCCCUGAAGGAGCUGAACAGGCCCUGGAAGAAGGAGCUGCUGUUCCCCAAAGAGCAGAAAGAUGGAAGCCUCACCGGUGGACUGGCAGCUUCGGAGGCCAAGCUUGCUGGGCUUAACAGCAAAGCCUUGCUGACCGACUCCUUGUUGCAGAGAAAUGAGGUUGAGAAGCAAAAGGGCCUUCAAGAAGCGCAGUUCACUUUGGCCAGCCGGCUGGGCGAAGCAGAAGAGAAGAUCAAAGUCUUGCAUUCAGCACUAAAGGCUACCCAGACGGAACUGGUUGAGUUGCGAUGUAAAUAUGACGAACAGGCAGCUUCCAAGACAGAGGAAGUGGCCAUGAUCAUGACAAAUCUCGAAAAAGCCAACCAGAGAGCUGAGGCUGCCCAGAGGGAGGUGGAGAGCCUGCGGGAACAGCUUGCUACUGUAAACAGCUCCCUUCGCUUGGCUUGCUGUUCUCCCCAAGGACCAAGUGGGGACAAAGUGAAUUAUUCUUUGUGCCCGGGUCCACGGCUAGAGGCUGCCUUGGCCGCCAAGGAUCGGGAAAUACUUCGACUACUCAAGGAAAUUCAGCAUCUGCAAAACUCCAUGCAAGAAAUAGAAGAUUCUUCGGCCAAUCAAAUUGCAGACCUGGAACGGCAGUUGGCAGCCAAAAGCGAGGCCAUCGAAAAGUUGGAAGAAAAACUUCACGCUCAAUCAGACUACGAAGAGAUCAAGACAGAACUGAGCAUUUUGAAAGCAAUGAAGCUGGCCUCCUCCGAUUGCAACCUGUCCCAGAGGAUCUCAAAACCCUCCGACGCGCUUUUUCUGGGAAAGGAUUCCUUCUACGCAUCUCGGAAGUUCCUCUUGGAAAAACCAAACCUCACCACCAAUCCUGAGGAGGAUCCCUCGGAAGACGAGUCGGUGAAGGACUCCAUGGGCCCCGAGCAACCUUACUCAUCCCCCCAGCAGCUCCUGCCCCCGCCCAGGGAAGACUCCACCUCCCCUCCGCUCCUCCAGCCCCUGCUGGCCCCCACGGUGGCUCCAGAGGUACUGGGGCCCUUUGCAGCUGGGUCUUCGGGGCCAGGGGUGCUGAUGGGGCCCCCGGGUUACAAGAGCGAGAACGGCAACACGGGCAGCUUCCCUUCCGCCUUCUAUGCUGCCAAAGGGCUGGUGCUGCCUGCGAACCCCAACGACGGGAGCCCCCCGAGUGACCAGUCGGAAGGCAGCACCCCCAGCUCAGCCGACGAGGAGCACCUGGACACGGCCGAGAUUGCUUUCCAGGUGAAAGAGCAGCUGCUGAAGCACAACAUCGGCCAACGCGUCUUCGGACAUUACGUCCUGGGCCUCUCGCAGGGCUCGGUCAGCGAGAUCCUGGCCCGGCCCAAGCCUUGGCGCAAGCUGACCGUCAAGGGGAAAGAGCCCUUCAUCAAGAUGAAGCAGUUCCUCUCGGACGAGCAGAACGUCCUAGCGCUGAGAACGAUUCAGGUGCGCCAGAGAGGAAGCAUUACGCCGAGGAUUAGGACUCCAGAAACCGGCUCAGAUGAUGCCAUCAAGAGUAUCUUGGAGCAGGCCAAGAAAGAGAUUGAGUCCCAGAAAGGAGGGGAGGCGAAGAGCACCUCCGCGCCCCAGGCGGCCCCCAACGGCAUCAGCACCAGCAGCUCCGAAGACGCCAUCAAGAACAUCCUGGAACAGGCCCGCCGUGAGAUGCAAGCUCAGCAACAGGCCUUGCUUGAGAUAGAAUCCGGCAGCCCCAGCCAACCCAUCUCCACGCCCCCUGCAGAACCCUCCCCUCUGUCCGCCUUCAGCCAGAACAUCGUCCGCGCCUACAUCAAGCAGGAAGAAGGGAGUGGGCUGGGCAGCAGCGGCAGUGGCAGCGGUGUGACCCAGGCCCCUCUGACGGUGCUUUCCCCUGCCGCCUUCGUGCAGAGCAUCAUCCGCAAGGUCAAGUCGGAGAUUGGCGACGCCGGCUCCUAUUUUGACCAGCACUGGGCGUCCGACAGGAACCUCCUCAACCGGCCUUUCACCUCGGUGUCCCCCUCCCUCUCUUCCUCGUCCAGCUACUCCAGCAUGGCCAACGGACGAGCGUGGCCACGUGGGGAACUUGGGGACUCUGGCCCGAACGAGGAAGACUUGCCCACCUUGGAAGACGAACCUCAUCGGGGGCUAGAAGUCAAGUCAGAAGCGGUGGGUUCCGACGCCCAAGGAAACGGGCGCUUGUCUUACUACCCAUCCUAUGUGCCGAGGACUCUCAAGCCCACCGUCCCCCCGUUGACCCCAGAGCAGUACGAGAUGUACAUGUACAAGGAGGUGGACACCUUGGAACUCACACGGCAAGUCAAGGAGAAGUUGGCGAAGAACGGGAUCUGCCAACGCAUCUUUGGGGAGAAGGUGCUGGGGUUGUCGCAAGGCAGCGUGAGUGACAUGUUGUCCAGGCCCAAACCGUGGAGCAAGCUCACCCAGAAGGGACGGGAACCAUUUAUCCGGAUGCAGCUUUGGCUCUCUGACCAGCUGGGCCAAAACAUCAGCCAGCAGGCCGGCCUUCCUCAAGCCAGCCCCAGAGGGUCUCCGUCUUCUCCUUCCCCACCAGCCAGUCCUUCUGAGCAAGAGGAAAGCCCCCCAGAGCCCCCGAGUCUUGCCCUGGAAAGCAGCAAAGAAAACCAGCAGCCGGAAAGCAAAGCCGCCUCCUUGCUGGGUAGCAAGUUGUGCCCCAACCACAACUCUGUUGGCAUCCAGGAGAUCGUGGCCAUGUCCCCUGAGUUGGACACCUACUGCAUCACCAAGAAGGUCAAGGAAGUCUUGACCGACAACAACCUUGGUCAGCGCCUUUUCGGGGAGAGCAUCCUGGGCUUGACGCAAGGCUCCGUCUCAGACCUCCUUUCCAGGCCCAAGCCUUGGCAUAAACUGAGCCUUAAGGGAAGGGAACCGUUUGUCCGCAUGCAGCUCUGGCUGAACGAUCCUCACAACAUUGACAAACUCCGGGACAUGAAAAAGCUGGAAAAGAAAGCGUAUCUGAAACGUCGUUACGGGCUGAUCAGUGGUGGCUCCGACAGCGAGUCCCCCAACCCUCGUUCCGAGUGUCCCAGUCCCAGCCUUCAGCUGCAAGACCUCAGCCUCCUGCAGAUCAAGAAGCCAAGGGUGGUCUUGGCUCCGGAGGAGAAGGAGACCCUGAAGAGGGCCUACCAGCUGGAACCGUACCCCUCCCAGCAGACGAUCGAGCUGCUCUCCUUCCAGCUCAACCUCAAGACCAACACGGUGAUUAAUUGGUUCCACAAUUACAGGUCUCGGAUGCGCCGAGAGAUGCUAAUGGAAGGCAGCCAGGACGACACAGAUGCCGAGCAGAGCGUGACCCCCGCCGGCCCUUUGCUCAAGGGGGCCCAGCCCCAGAGCCCCGACUCAGAAGGGGAGGAGCAAAAACCCACCUUCAGAAACGUGGAGUGCCAAGGAGAAUGCAAAGCGCUGGUGGAAAUCAAGGAGGAGCAGCUGGAAGCUGGCGACAAAGACGACCGAGUCAGCAGUAGAGAUUGUUGUUGUCCAGAAGGCGAGUUAGAGCCCGUAUCUGCAUCCAGCCCCACGGAAGACCCAGAAGAGCCUGGCUGCGUGGGCCCACACAAACCUCCCAGCCUCACCUGGGCCAGCACCCUACGUAGCAAGACACACCUGCACGGGGCUCACAACUAUUCCAGUUUCCAUAACCCCGUGGAGACCGAAGGCCGCGAGAGGUCUCCCUCGGACCCCGUCAGCUUUAAAUCCGCCUCCGAGUCCUCCCGUUGCAGCCUGGAAGUUUCUCUAACCUCUCCAUCCGCCGCCUCCUCACCGGGACUCCUCAUGUCCGUCUCCCCUGUCCCAUCCUCCUCCGCUCCCAUUUCCCCCUUGCCGGUGAGCGUGGCGGCCACCAAAGGGCAGAGUGCCAGCCCAGCCGCAGAUACAGGCACCACGGCGCCACCCAGCGCAAAACUGACUACAAACACCCAGCGGCGGAACGAGAAAGUGGCUAACCUCAACAGCAUAAUUCACCGGCUGGAAAGAGCUGCCAAUCGCGAGGAGACUCUGGAGUGGGAAUUUUGAAGGGCUGAACGGAAAAAAGAAACUUGUCAGAACCCAAUACCUAAAUAACGUUGUCCAGGUUCUAAACUCCACGGAACACGUGGACAAAAACAGGGAGUCCUUAGCAGAGUGUAUAGAAAAAAAAAACCAGAUCUAUAAAUAUAUAUAUAUAUAUAUAUACAUAUAUAUAUAUAUAUAAACACACAAACACACAUAUUUUAUUAAUUUCAUCAAGUCUAAGGAAGAGACAAAAUCGGCUGCAUUUUCUCGAACACGAGAGAUCGCUGCUCUUUCUUAGCUCCGAAGGUAACCUAAAACCGAAUUUUGGGGGUUUUAAAUGUGAAAACAGACACACAGGAACAAACUGAGAACACUUUUAGAAGGAAAAAAUAUUAAAAUAAUAUUUAUAGACCUCUUUUAGAUAUUUUAAUAAAAGGAAACUUUGGAAUUUAUUAACAGCUCAAGCUGCUUUGAUAUUAAAAGAUAAACUGUAUCAGUUGUAUCAUUAAAUGCCCACUGAAAGUCUUGUAGUUUGCCACUGGAUGAGAUUAAAGAGAAAAAAAAAUAUUAAAAUAAAAUAAAAAAUAGGAACCUUGGCUCAUUGAUCCAAGCCAUCAAGAAGCACUAUGAGACUGACCAAAACGUUACUAAACUUGAUUGGCAGACGCUGCGUUUGUCUGUAAGACUUCGUUCUACUCCACCUGUCAAGAAACGGUUCUCUUGUAGUCCAUGAAGACUCUAAAUUUGGAACCUGCGGUGCCCUCUUGAGUCUGCUAUUUAGUUUGAGUGGUAUGUUCCUUUCCUUUUUAUUUUGUCUGUCUUUCUUUUUGAGGCAACACAGAAAAAAAGAGAGAGGUGUUGCAUGCGAUUGUGUGGAAAUAUGUUUUCAAGGGCCUUGUUGAACAAGAGGUACCCCGAUUCCAGAGAAUGACUUUCUCGCCUUUACAAUCCCAUCCAGAAAGGGGUGUUUUUUUCCCCCACUUAAAAAGCAUCCUUUAGUUUCAAAAAAGGUGCAUUUGCUAAAUGGAACCAUCUGUUACGACUCUGGUUUCCGCCAGAGAAAACUUUCAAGCAGAGGCGUCCAACCUUGGCCACUUUAAAACUUGUGGACUUCAACUUCCAAGCUGGCUGAGGAAUUCUGGGAGUUGACAUCCACAAGUCUUAAAGUGGCCAAGGUUGGACGCCCCUGCUUGAAAGAGAAUUACGACACUUUUUUUAAAAAAGCAUGAAAAUAGUCCCUGCCUGCUUAGUUCAACAUUUCAGGGUUGGAGGAAAGCAGAUAUUUUGACACCUUUUUGACCCGGAGCACUAAAAGAGAACAGAAAUGUUUUCUCCUUGGAGUAGCAGCAAAUACAUUUAAUAAUAACGGUAUGAAUUCACCCCACCCACGUUAAUUCAAAGCGUGGGAGAAAAGGUGAAGAUUAAAUCCAGGCCCUCUUCCUCCUCCUCUCCGCUUCCCAAGGCCUUCUCUGGAUCCCUCUUCCGUGCCAGAAAGAAGGAAGGAUGGAAAUAGCCAGUUUGGGGGAGGAAGCUGGUCCUGGAUUAUUUAAGUAAUUCCCAUCCACUUGACUUUUAUCUCCAAACUAGAUGAAGAGCUGGUGGGACUGUCUUCGAACUAGCAGGUUUCUUCGUUCGAUGGAAGUUUUCAUUAUUUGAAGAAAAGAGACCCUAACGGUGGCCCCCCGUCUUCUCCUGCUUUUAAUGGAGUGAUCUCCUCACGCUUUUCACCCACCCAUUGAUUUGUUCCCACAGAUGCGAUAAAACCCUUUUGAAUCUAAUUUACAAACAGGGAAAGAGAAACCAGUUACCUCCCCCACACACCCCAAUAUAUAUAUAUGUUUGGCCUUCCCAUUAUGUGCAUUUUUAAAAUCAGAACUGAAAGUAUUUUUAUAUAUUUAAUGUUUAUUUCACCCAGUUUGGUCUAUCCGCCGAAAGAACCUGGAAAUGUCAUUUGCCUAGAAACCCCUGAACAAAAUCAACUUCUAUCUAUCCAAAUAAAAUGUGGAGUGGGAUCCAGGGAUUCUUCUUCACCAAAAGCUCGAGAUUAGUUUUAAUGGGACAGGAUUAUUCUUAUUAUUAUUUUUAACGAAGCACUUAAGUGUUGGUUCUCCACCCUUGAGAGAGACCGGUUGUGUUCGAACCUGGCGAGGUGCGUCAGUUCCCCUUUUUCUAGGCGCCUGUACUGUACUUUGAAACAAUUUCUACAAGAUUGACCGGAGUUUGUUAAAUACUGAAAAAAGGCCUAUUACGUUCUGUAAAGAGCCGUUAAAAAAGGAAAAUACAGAAAUUCUAUAACACCUCGGCCUGAUGUCUCCCGUUUAUUGCGCUCAAGGUUUGGGCCUCCGAGUUAACGGCUGCUUUUAUCCACUCCUGUCCCGCAGAACGAAUAAAGCAAAUUUUCCAGGGAAAGCAGCUCUCCAUUAUAAAUGGCGGCGGCCGAAGAGGCUCCUCUUCCAGGUAAGAAAAUGCUGACAAGGGUUAGUUAGUUAGGCAAAGAGAAGAUGGCGUUGCACCUUUGGAAGGAGGAGGCUGAACUGUUCCAGUCCCUUCGUUUCUUGAU